AUGAAUUCACAAAUGCGUCCCAUUCUGACUCUUUUCAUCCUUGCAGUUUUCCUCUCCAUCCUAUUCUACACCUCAAGACUAUCAGAUGAAAACAUCCCAAGGAGAUUCAACCAGUCAGCCACCUCGUUCUUAGCAGAAACUUGCAAGGCUAUUACUGAAGGAAAGAAGCACUUCUCACCCCGAAAGAUGCUGAAGACAUCCUUUGGGGAACCCAACUGCAGUGUUUACGUGACCCAAAGCCAUUACAUUACCAGACCCCUCUCUGCAGAAGAAGCUGCCUUUCCUUUAGCCUACGUGAUAACUGUGCACAAAGAGUUUGAUACUUUUGAGAGGCUCUUUAGGGCCAUAUAUAUGCCCCAAAAUGUCUACUGUGUCCACGUGGACAAGAAGGCCACCCGUGCGUUCAAGAGAAAGGUGGAGCAAUUGCUAGGCUGUUUCCCCAAUGCUUUCCUUGCUUCAAAAUUGGAGCUGGUGGUUUAUGCUGGGAUAUCUAGGCUCCAGGCUGAUCUGAACUGCAUAAAAGAUCUUGUAAAAUCCAAAGUGCCCUGGAAAUACCUUCUCAACGCUUGUGGGCAAGAUUUCCCCUUGAGAACCAACAAGGAGAUAGUUCGGUACCUGAAAGGGUUCAAAGGGCAUAACAUCACUCCAGGGGUGUUGCCUCCACAUCAUAUUCUCAAGAGGACAAAAUACAUCUGGCGAGAACAGGUUUAUAGCAUCUUUUCCUUCAUGCUGGGGACUUUUUUGUGGAAAUCGCCACCUCCGCACAACCUGACCAUAUAUUUCGGCUCUGCUUACAUUGCACUUUCAAGGGAAUUUGCAGACUUCAUCCUCAACGACCGGAGGUCUCUUGAUCUCCUUGAAUGGUCUAAAGAUACCUACAGUCCAGAUGAACAUUUCUGGGUGACACUCAACAGGCUGCCAGGUAUGCUCCGUUUCCUUCAAAAAGUUGUUCUGUUGAUAAUAAUGAUGAUGAGUAUGGCAAGAGGGGAAGCCACUAGCUAG